CAAGAGAUCAAUCUUUCUCCCAACUGUGUUCAUCUAAAAUAGAGAGUAUGGACCACUCCAUACCACAGGAACACUCAAUGUCACAAGAAGUCAAGACAUGCGAGAUCUGUGCCGCGGCCCAGCUCCAGAUAUUUUGCAACAACUGUCAAAUCAGCUUGUGUGGUAAGUGUGACACAGAGCACAGAAAAGGAGGGCUGUGUGGUUUACAUGACAAAGUGCUGUUCCCGGACCUAAACAAACUGCUGUUUCCUAGCUGUACCAUCCAUCAAAAUCAGAUCUGUCAUUCCUAUUGUAAACAAUGCGACAUUCCCGUCUGCAAUAAAUGCAAGACCCAGACUCACCAUGAUCGUCAUGAGCUGAUUGAGAUGGCUCACUUUGUCAGUACGAAACUCAAUGAGAUUAAGGCCGAGAUAGAAGAGCUGCUGAAAAAAGUCAUCCCCCAGUGUAGACAAACUAAAGCAGACACUGCUUCCAAACUCUCUAUGACUGAAGUCAAAUACGACCAGAUGAUCCAUGAAUUGGAGAUUCAUCGGAAAAUCUGGCAUCAGGAAGCAGACGGUAUAUUCAACAGGGUCAGAAUGAAAAUUCACAGCGAGAAGGAGAAAAGCCUCAGAGAACUACAAAACCAUCUGUCUGAUCUUGCCCAGAUUUACAAUGUUAUGUACCAAACAGUUCAAGAGGACAGGGACAUAUUGAUGUCAAAGGAGGCUGCCAUAAUAGCUGCCCACAAGUCUAGAUUGAUGGACUGCUAUCAAUUUAAGACUGGUCCCGACAUCAAAAUUCCGAUACUAAAGACAAAAAUAAACAAAGGGAGGGAACUCUCUUUACAGCUGGAAAACAUUGAAGCCUCCCUAACUCAGAAUUCAUGUGUUAGUAACAUGAUGGAGAGCAUCUCAAAUGAAACUUUACCAAAAGAUUGUAUAUGUACCAGUAUCACCAAUUCAACAUCAAAUGAAAAUGUGCAAUCAAUACCACUAUGUGCCCUUUCUGCACUAAAUGGAAGACCAGUAGCAAAAUCUUAUAGUAAGGUAGCAGAUAGCAUUGCUAAGGCAACUAAAAAAUUGUUGCUGAUUAAACAAGGUGAUAAAUGUCUUCAAAGAAAAACAAAACCGGAAUCUACAUUUACAUGUCCUAGUUCUCUAGGUCCAUCACAAGUGAUGUCAAGAACUCUAGAUCUGCACCCUACAGAGAACAUGGCUUGUACGGCUGUGAAAACGAUGGAGGUCAGUGUGAUAAAAAAUACUACAAGAGAUAGGUCAACGUCUUUGGACCAAUCUAAACAAAAUCCAGUAGAAGAGUUAACAAAGACAAUACUAGUAGCCCACCGCACUAAAGCAGAACAGAAAUCUUUGACAGAAAGAUUUUCAGCUAUUCCUUUGACAAAUGGGCAGUUGUUGAAAAAAGCUAGAGUGAUAUCUAGUUUUUCAACAGGACUAGAGAAUCUGACUGCAGUAGCUUGCUACGGGAGUCGAGAGGCGUGGAUUUGCGGAGAAACCAAGGUCAUAAA